AUGGAGCUUCCCCGACACAAUCUGGAUGCCGAGAUCCCGCUGCCGACGCCGCGUCCUCGCAAUGGGCGAGGUAGCCCCGUUUCGACAGCUUCGAUAUGGUCGGGAUCGUCAGCCCGAGCGAGUCGCGCGAGGGAAAUCAAGACAAGCUCGCUCAGCGCAGAGACCCAGGGCCUAUUUAAAUAUAUGAUGAAGUCUUCGAGACUUUCGCAUAGCCAGCAAAGAUAUCUGGACGAGCUCGUCAAAGACGGUUACUCGCUCCCACCGACACCAUCGCAAGCAAGCAUCACCCAGGUUCGCGGACCAAUUCCACGGCCGAUUUCAUUGGGGAUCUUUGAGCAGAAGCCAGCAGACACAUUCGCCCGUCCAGGAUUGCGCACGCGCGACCAGAUCGUCAUGACGGGCGCAUAUGAGCCCGACGAAUGGCGGCCCAGUCCCCACAAGGAUUCAUCCAAGGAGAAGGACCGCCUGCAGAACUUGAUGGCCAAUGGCUUCCAGUCGGCAAAGUCUGCUUCAGGCGACGAUGAUAUCGGAAUACCCGUUUCCAAGCUCGGGCGUCGUCGAGCCGGGGCCAAGGCAAUCGAGCACACGGACCAAGCACCGGAGCUGGAUGAGUUCGAGAUGGUGGUCGAAGAGAUAAACGAGAGGCGGAAGUGGCUUGACGACAUGAUCGCUCUGGGUCGCGGAGAGCCAUUCAAGCGGCAAAUUCAGAACGAGAUUGCCUUGGUAAGCAGCUGCCUCGGCCCGGCUAUGGCACAAUAUUGA